UGUCAACCGUUGAAUAUGCAAAUGAGAAGUCGCGUGGAGACUUGUAAACAGUCAAGAUGGCGACGACAACGUUGGGACAUGUCGAGUGACAGAAAGGUGGGGAAGAAAACCAAAAACUGCGAAGAAGAUCGCCGAUCCUAUCUAAACAGCUAUCUCUAGAAAAGUAUUUGCUGUGUCAGACUUAAAAACAAAUGUUGUAAUAUAUUGGAGUUAAAGACAAUGUCUGAAAGUGCGAAAGGGCCUUUGGGCACUCGCACAGCCAAAACACGCACCACAACUCCGGGCGGUGAACCAGGGAAAACGAACAAAUCACGACUGGCAGCUUUAGCUCCCGGCGAAAAUAUCAAAGAAAAACAGCAAAAACUGAAAGAAGAGCGAGAUGCCAAGCGAGCUAGCCUUGAUGAGCGGCACUGGUACAUUCUGCAGACGGUGGCAGACUGUCUGGUCAUGGAGCCUGCUGAGGUGGAGGACGCCAUACUAGAGGGCAGACAGAUUGAGAUCAUUGACAAAUUUCUGGCAGAAAACGGCAGUAGUCAGUUGAUGUUUUAUUACCAAGAGCCAGAGGUGGAAAAAGAACCAGCUGUAGAGUUUCGAUUACAAAGCUCUUCCGUGAAAACAGUAGAUCAGAUCCGCAUUGGACCACCCCAGACUAAACCAGCCAAGGUUACCAAACCUAAAGUGUUUGUCACUGAUGGGAAAGAGGUACCACUGCGAGGAAUUUGUCUCUUCUUUACAAGAGGUAAUACCUCCGUGGCCAUUACGGAGGUCAACAUUGUCAAGGAAAUCAACUUCACGAUCCUGGACACCAAUGGUCAUGGGAAGAAUGGUCGUGGCCUGCUUCAUGCCAUUGAGAACCUUAUGUCCUCUAUCUUCAUUCCUGCACUGAAGAGGCUCGAGAAGGGAUGGGGAGAACUGCAAACCCCUGCUGGCACCCCAGUCAGAACUGACUUCCUCAACUGCCUAGAUUCUUUUGUGUCUGUCCUGGUUGGUGCUCAGGAGAGCCUGGAGGACAAGGUGACCCUGAAGCCAUGUGCGAUGUACGACUUGUCAAAAAUCCAGACACCUGCUGACUACAUGGCUGUGGCUAACAGCAGUGAGGCCCUGGAGAGCAUAGAGGAGUGUCUGCAAGUCUGGAUCAAACAAAUAGAGCAGGUUCUAGCGGAGAGUGAACAGAUGAGGAAGGAGGCAGAUGAUAUAGGGCCACGAGCAGAACUUGACCACUGGAAGAAGAGGAUGUCAAGGUUCAACUACCUGUUGGACCAGAUCAAAGGGCCAGAGUGUAAGGCUGUAUUAGGUGUGCUUACUGCAGCCAAAUCAAAACUACUCAAGACGUGGCAAGAGUUGGACCGUCGUAUCACGGACACAGCCAACGAAGCAAAAGACAAUGUGAAAUACCUGUACACGCUGGAGAAGUUUUGUGAUCCCCUCUACAACAGUGACCCAGUGGGUAUGUUAGAUGCUAUACCUGGGCUCAUCAACGCUAUUAGAAUGAUCCACAGCAUAUCGCGUUACUACAACACUUCAGAGAGAAUGACAUCAUUGUUUGUCAAGGUCACCAAUCAGAUGAUCACAGCAUGUAAGGCGUACAUCACAGACUCGGGCUGUGAGACAGUCUGGUCACAGGAGAUGCCCGUUGUCAUUCGCAAACUCAAAGACUGCAUCCGUCUGAAUGAGGAGUACCAGUCAUGUUUCCACAAAACCAAGGCCAAGCUGGAACAGAUGCCAAAUGAGCGGCAGUUCGAGUUCUCCGAAAUGUACAUUUUUGGCAAAUUUGACACAUUUACGCGUCGGCUCAGGAAGAUAAUUGAGAUGUUUGACACAAUGGAGAUGUAUUCCCAUCUGGCUGACUCUAAGAUUGAGGGCAUGGAACAGAUGACAAGCAAAUUUCAGGUGAUCGUCACACAGAUGAAGAAAAAGCCCUACGACUACCUUGACCAACGGAAAACAGAAUUUGAUGCUGAUUUUGAAGAGUUUAAGAGACAGAUUGGAGAACUCCAUAGCACAAUAACAGGAUUCAUGGACCAGAGGUUUGAGCGCAUCAUCAGCACACAGAGGGCACUGCUCAUUCUGCGCAAGUUUGAGCGUCUUAAUCUACCAAACCUGGGCAUCCAGGAAAAAUACCAGCGGAUCCUUCUCCACUACAGCAAGGACAUCGACAACGUGUCUCGACUCUACCAGAAGUACAAAAAUGAUCCGCCUGUGGCCAGGGACCUCCCACCUAUUGCAGGUAAAAUUUCUUGGUCCCGUCAGCUGUUCCGCAGAAUUCAGGAACCCAUGGAAGUGUUCCAGUCACAUGAUGAUAUCCUACAGAUUCCUGAUGCAAAGAAAAUCAUCAAGAGUUACAACAAACUGGCCAAGGUGUUGUUAGAGUUCGAGGUUUUGUAUCACAGAGGCUGGCUCAGACAGGUGGAGGCGGCUAAGGCAGGACUUCAGGCCUCACUGUUGGUUGCGCACCCGGAAACCAAAGAGCUAUUUGUGAACUUUGACCCGCAAAUUGUGACGAUGAUUCGGGAAACUGAGUGUAUGGCGAGACUGGGAUUAGAGAUACCAGCUGUAGCUAAGGGGCUGAAAACCAAACAGAACCUCUACAAGGAAAACUUUGACAAGCUACAGAUGAUGCUGAAAGAGAACAAGCGAGUGAGAGCGAAAAUCCCGUCAGCUUUUGACCCUCUGAUGGCACCUCACCGAGCGCGUGUUGAUGGCGCUAUCGAGCCUGGGCUGACCCAACUGACCUGGACCUCAGUGAAUAUCUCUAGUUACAUAGAAAACGUUUAUGCAGAGCUGGCUAAACUGGAAUUGAUGAUGGACAGAGUUCAUGACCUAAUGGAGUUCCGUAUUGAGGCGAUCCUGAAGGAGAUGAGCAAGACAGUGUUGUGUCAGAUCCCAGACGAGGAGCCUUGGACAGUGGAUCACUUCCUGGAGAACACACAGAUGCUGUGUGCCCGUGGAGCUCAACUCCUGCAGACCAAGAGUAUCAAUGUGGAGGAGGCAGCCAAUGAGCUGAUCAACAUGCUCUGUGAGAAUGUGACCCAGGAGGCUGAGGAGGAAGAGAAAGGCGAGGACCAUGAGACAGGGGAGCAGGACGAGGAGGAGGAAGACGAAGAGAGAAGCCGACCCGCCACCGGUCGCCCUGCCACCAGCAGGGAUGGGUCCCCACGCAGUAGCAGGAAGUCACGCCCAACCUCCACGCAGGCUGUUGCUGUUGCCAGGCGACGGAAAGAAAUGAGAGAGAACAUAGAGGAGGCGGCUAAUGAGCUGCUGAACCACUUUAAUCAUCGUAACCUUGACGCUCUUCUCAGGGUCACGCGGAACACCCUGGAGUCUCUGCGGAGGAAGAUCACCUCUAGCUCUAUGGUGCACUACUUAGUGGAUCCCAGUAACAGCCCCCAGAAGGAUAGUCGACCGUUUUUCAGGACGAAUGCCAAAUUGAGCAUCCCAAACAUUGUGAUGCAGCCAGCUUUGGAUGAGGUUCAGCAGGCGGUGAACAAGGCAGCACAGCUGGUGAUCGGCGUCAGUAAAGGCGUGUCACAGUGGAGCAAGGAGAGGAAGCGUCAGUCUCAGUCUGCCAUGAACCGCUCCGGCUCUGGGUUAGACGUCUCCCUGGACAGACGGGGUAGUAUGGUCAGUGUUGCGGCAUCUGAGGCAUCCCGUAACGCGGAGACUGGCCGUGCACGGGGACGUAAUGACGCUGAUACGGUGGACUCGGGAUACACUGUAAAUGUCCAGCCUAAGAACUACUUCAAAAGUGUGUAUGAUAACAAGGAGAUCUCCAAGAUUGUGGCUCUGCUUUCUACCUCUAUCAACUCUAACAAGAAGGAGGUGACCACAGCACUGGAGAAAUUCUCCAAGUACCAUGUGAUCUGGGAGAAGGACAGAGACGAGGACCUGGCAGAGUUUAUGAAGGAGGAUCCUAAGUUGUCGGAGUUUGAAGGGCAGAUCAAACAUUACGAGGAGCUGGAGAAUGAUAUCAUGUCAGAACCAGAGUAUUACGAUGUGGGACCUAUAGCUCUCUACACAGAAUUCCUGAAGUUGGGUCUGACCACGGAGACAAAAACCUGGAGGCUUCAUUACGGGAAAGCUUGCGUGAACAAGUACCGUACGGAGAUGGAGGAUAUCUUCAGGUUCAUCGAAGACCUGAACAAGAGGCUGGCUCGUCCAAUCAAAGAUCUUGAUGACAUCCGAUUUGCUAUGGCAGCUCUCAAGGAGAUACGUGAAAAUGAGAUCCGUAUCGACAUGAGUAUUGGACCAAUUGAGGAAUCGUACGCUCUUCUGAAUAAGCAUGACCUGCCGGUGGUGAAGGAGGAGAUUGAGCGAUGUGACACAUUGCGCUACUCCUGGGAGAAAUUACAAAACCAGGCUGCUGAAGUGCAAACACACCUGAUAGAGAUACAGCCAAACUUCAAGAGCAAUCUCAUCGAGGAUGUCAAGGUGUUCAUUGUGGACUGUAACAACUUCUACCAUGACUAUGAAGAGUCUGGCCCAAUGGUGGCAGGUGUUCCUCCAAGAGAUGCCUCUGACAGGCUCAUCAUCUUCCAGAACCGCUUCGACACUCUGUACAGGAAGUAUAUCACUUACUCGGGCGGGGAGGAGUUAUUUGGUCUGCGAGUUACCCAGCAUCCUCAACUACUGCAGAUUCGUAAGGAGCUUAACCUGCUGCAGAAGCUGUACGGAUUGUACAACAAUGUGAUUGACACUGUCCAUGGCUACUACGAUAUCCUCUGGCAGGACGUGGACAUUGAGAAAAUCAACAACGAACUACAGGACUUCCAGAAUAGGUGUCGUAAGCUGCCCAGGGCCCUGAAAGAAUGGGCUGCAUAUGAGGACUUGCGUAAAACAAUUGACGACUUCAACGAAAUGGUGCCCCUGUUAGAACUGAUGACGAACAAAGCGAUGAAGCCGCGUCAUUGGAAGAGAAUGGCUGACCUGACCAAUCAUCCAUUUGAGGUGGAGAAUGAGAACUUUACCCUAAGGAACAUCCUAGAGGCGCCGUUGCUGGCAAACAAAGAAGAGAUUGAGGACAUUUGUAUCUCUGCCGUCAAAGAGAAGGACAUUGAAGCCAAGUUGAAACAGGUAAUUGCUGACUGGAACAAUCAGGACUUCACCUUUGGAAGCUUCAAGAACCGUGGGGAAUUGCUUCUGCGUGGUGACAACACGAGUGAGAUUGUAUCACUGAUGGAGGACUCCUUGAUGGUGCUCAGCUCUCUGCUUAGUAACAGGUACAACGCUCCAUUCAAGAAGAACAUCCAGCAGUGGGUGCAGAACCUGUCUAACUCCUCCGAGAUCAUUGAGAACUGGAUGACCGUACAGAAUCUCUGGGUCUACUUGGAGGCUGUCUUUGUGGGUGGGGACAUCGCUAAGCAACUGCCAAAGGAAGCAAAACGGUUCAGUAACAUCGACAAGUCCUGGGUGAAGAUCAUGACCCGUGCCCACGAGACGACCAACGUGAUCCAGUGUUGUGUGGGCGAUGAGACCCUCAUGCAACUUCUGCCUCACCUGCUAGAACAGCUGGAGCUGUGUCAGAAGUCACUCACAGGGUACUUGGAGAAGAAGAGGUUGUUAUUUCCACGGUUCUUCUUCGUGUCUGACCCAGCUCUCCUGGAGAUCCUGGGUCAGGCCAGUGACCCACACACCAUACAGGCACACCUUCUCAACGUCUUUGACAACAUCAAGAGCGUUAAGUUCCAUGAGAAGCACUAUGAGCUCAUCCUCUCUAUCUUCUCGUCAGAAGGGGAGACAAUUGAUUUGGAGAAGCCGGUCAAAGCCGAGGGAAAUGUGGAGGUGUGGCUGAUGGCCCUCAUGCAGAUGGCGCAGAAGUCUCUCCACGGCGUGAUCCGUACUGCUGCCAUGGCAAUUCAGGACUCCAGCUUCCAACUGCUGGAAUUCCUCGACAUGUUCCCAGCUCAGGUUGGCUUGCUGGGUAUUCAGCUGAUCUGGACGAGGGACAGCACAGAGGCUCUGGUACAUGCUAAGUAUGACCGUAAAGUCAUGGCUCAGACUAACCAGGGCUUCCUGGACCUGCUGAACACACUGAUUGACCAGACCACCAAGGACCUGAACAAGGUGGAGAGGACCAAGUUUGAGACCCUUAUCACCAUUCAUGUCCACCAGAGGGAUAUCUUUGACAACUUGUGUCGUCAGCACAUUAAGUCCCCCACAGACUUUGAAUGGCUGAAACAGACAAGGUUCUACUACAUCGAGGACCAAGACAAGUGCCUGAUUUCCAUCACUGAUGUCGAUUUCAUCUACCAGAUGGAAUUCCUGGGAUGUACGGAGAGGCUCGUUAUCACACCUCUCACCGACAGGUGUUACAUCACUUUGGCCCAGGCACUGGGCAUGUCUAUGGGAGGGGCACCUGCUGGUCCAGCUGGGACAGGCAAGACGGAGACUGUCAAAGACAUGGGCAGAUGUCUCGGAAAAUACGUUGUUGUCUUCAACUGCUCUGAUCAGAUGGACUUUCGAGGUCUCGGCCGUAUUUACAAAGGUCUGGCUCAAUCUGGCUCUUGGGGCUGUUUUGAUGAAUUCAACCGUAUCGACUUGCCUGUGUUGUCUGUCGCUGCUCAGCAAAUUGCCAUUGUCCUCGCCUGUAAGAAGGAACGCAAGAAGAACUUCAUCUUUACAGAUGGUGACAAUGUUGACAUGAACCCAGAGUUUGGAAUUUUCCUCACCAUGAACCCAGGUUAUGCUGGGCGACAAGAGCUUCCAGAGAAUCUGAAGAUCAACUUCCGCUCUGUGGCCAUGAUGGUUCCUGACCGGCAGAUCAUCAUCCGUGUCAAACUGGCCAGUGUUGGUUUCAUUGAGAACAUCAUCCUGGCCCGCAAGUUCUUCAUUCUGUACAAGCUCUGUGAAGAGCAGCUCACAAAACAGGUGCACUAUGACUUUGGUUUGAGGAACAUCCUGUCUGUGCUAAGAACGCUGGGAACUGUGAAGCGAGCAAGUCCUGAGGACACAGAGCCCACGAUCGUGAUGAGAGUGCUGAGGGACAUGAACUUGUCCAAACUGGUGGAUCAAGAUGAGCCACUCUUCCUCUCACUCAUCAACGAUCUCUUCCCUGGCAUCACACUGGACAAGGGAGGCUACCCACAGCUGGAGGCAGCCAUUGCCUCGAAUGUGGAGACUGCCAAGCUGGUGAAUCACCCAAGCUGGACCCUGAAACUCAUUCAGUUGUUUGAGACCCAGCGUGUGCGUCAUGGAAUGAUGACCCUUGGUCCCAGUGGGGCAGGAAAAACCACCUGUAUUCACAUGCUAAUGAAGGCCAUGACAGACUGCGGACAGCCCCACAGGGAGAUGAGGAUGAACCCAAAAGCCAUCACAGCCCCGCAGAUGUUUGGACGACUGGACGUAGCCACCAAUGACUGGACAGAUGGCAUCUUCUCCACUCUUUGGAGGCGCACACUCAGGGCAAAGAAAGGUGAGCACAUCUGGCUUGUCCUGGAUGGUCCAGUGGAUGCCAUUUGGAUUGAGAACCUAAACUCUGUGUUAGACGACAACAAGACCCUGACACUGGCUAAUGGUGACCGUAUCCCCAUGGCACCGACAUGUAAGAUCAUCUUUGAGCCCCACAACAUAGACAACGCCUCCCCGGCCACUGUCUCCAGGAACGGCAUGGUCUUCAUGAGCAGCUCAGGACUUGACUGGGUACCCAUUCUACAGGGUUGGUUGAACAAUCGCCCCCAGCAGGAUGCGGUGCUGUUCUCGCUAUUUGAGGAGUCCUUCCCUGAGCUGUACAGAUAUGCUACCCAGAACCUGACAUUCCGUAUGGACAUCCUUGAGGCAUUUGUCAUCAACCAGUGCUGUAACCUGUUACAAGGGCUGAUCCCAGCCAAGGAUGACAGGGAGGGUAACCAGAUGAAGCAGGAGCAUUACCAGCGUCUGUACGUCUUCACACUAAUGUGGAGCAUCGGUGCUUUCCUAGAGCUGGAUGACCGUGCCAAGAUGGAGGAGUUUCUGCGCACGCAUGAGGAGAUCAAGCUGGACCUGCCCGAAAUCCCGCCUGACUCGGACUCCACCAUGUUUGACUAUUUAGUGGAUAAUACAGGUAAAUGGGUUCACUGGAACACCAAGGUAGAGGAGUACAUCUACCCGUCAGACAGCACACCUGAGUACGGCUCUAUCCUCGUCCCCAACGUAGACAAUGUCCGGACCACCUUCCUGAUCGAUACCAUCUGUAAACAGGAGAAAGCAGUGCUGCUGAUCGGUGAGCAAGGUACUGCCAAAACUGUCAUGAUCAACGGUUACAUGUCCCGCCACAACCCAGAGCAACACUUGGCCAAGGCUGUCAACUUUUCAUCAGCCACCACACCCUACAUGUUCCAGCGAACUAUAGAGAGUUACGUUGACAAGAGGAUGGGCAGUACGUAUGGACCACCAGCAGGGAAGAAGAUGACUGUCUUUAUUGACGACAUUAACAUGCCUGUCAUCAAUGAGUGGGGGGACCAGAUUGCUAAUGAGAUCGUCAGACAGCUCAUGGAGACCCAUGGCUUCUACAACCUGGAGAAGCCGGGAGACUUCUCCAACAUUGUGGAUAUACAGUUCUGUGCGGCCAUGAUUCAGCCAGGAGGAGGCCGUAAUGACAUUCCUCAGAGACUUAAGCGACAGUUCACUAUCUUCAACUGUGCACUGCCCUCCAACUCCUCCAUUGACAAGAUCUUCAGCGUCAUUGGAACAGGGCAUUACUGCAAAGAGCGGGGCUUCUCUGAAGAGGUCCGCGACCUUAUCGCGCGCCUGGUGCCUGUCACACGACGCCUGUGGCAACUCACCAAGGUCAAGAUGUUGCCCACCCCAGCCAAGUUUCACUAUGUGUUCAAUCUGCGAGAUCUGUCUCGUAUCUGGCAGGGUAUGAUCAACACGCUCUCGUCUGUCGUCAACAGUGAGAAGGUUGUCAUGGCUCUGUGGAAACACGAGUGCUGUCGUGUAAUAGCUGACAGGUUUGUCACCCUUAGCGACUUGGCUUGGUUCCAAGAAAAGACAAUUCCGCGUGUGAUCCAGGAAGAGCUAGAAGAUGAGAGGCUGGUUGAAAUGGCCGAUUCACAACCAUUGUUUUGUGAUUUCCUCAGAGAUGCACCAGAGGCAACUGGAGAUGAACCAGAAGAUGCUGACUUUGACAUGCCCAAGAUUUAUGAGCCUAUUGACUCAUUUGAGCAGCUGGAAGAAAGACUACAGAUGUUCUUACAGCAGUACAAUGACAGCAUCCGUGGGGCUGGCAUGGACCUUGUCUUCUUCAAGGAUGCUAUGAUACAUCUGCUGAAGAUCUCGCGUAUCAUCCGCACCCCAAGGGGAAACGCCCUUUUAGUUGGGGUUGGUGGAUCAGGAAAGCAAUCUCUCACUAAGCUAGCGUCCUUCAUCGCAGGCUACAAGACGUUCCAGAUCACACUCACCAGAUCGUACAGUGUUUCAAACCUCCUGGAGGAUCUGAAAUUCCUGUACCGUACGGCCGGUCAGCAGGGAAAGGGCAUUACAUUCAUCUUCACUGACCAGGAGAUUAAAGAUGAGGGCUUCCUGGAAUAUCUCAACAAUGUCCUGUCGUCUGGUGUGGUUGCAAACCUGUUUGCACGAGAUGAGAUGGAUGAAAUAACACAAGAGUUAGUUCCCAUAAUGAAGAAGGAGUAUCCACGACGACCACCGACCAAUGAGAAUCUGUACGAUUACUACCUGUCACGUGUCAGAAGUAACCUCCAUGUGGUGCUGUGUUUCUCACCUGUGGGGGAGAAGUUCCGUGCCCGAGCCCUCAAGUUCCCAGGGUUGAUCUCAGGUUGCACGAUGGACUGGUUCCAGCGCUGGCCUAAGGACGCUCUCAUCGCUGUGGCUGACCACUUUCUGUCUGGGUUUGACAUCAAGUGUGUGCCAGAGGUGAAGAAACAGCUGAUACAGACCAUGGGCAUCAUUCACGACGGGGUGGCAGAAAGCUGUGUUGAUUACUUCCAGAGGUACCGACGAUCCACCCAUGUUACUCCCAAGUCUUACCUGUCCUUCCUGAAUGGAUACAAGAACAUUUACUCUGAGAAACAUGCUGAGAUUGGGGACAUGGCGAACCGCAUGAAUACAGGUCUGGAGAAGUUAAUUGAGGCAUCACAUGCAGUUUCUGAACUGAGCAAAGAACUAGCUGUGAAGGAGAAGGAGUUAGCUAUCGCAUCAGAGAAAGCAGAGAAAGUUUUACAAGAGGUGACUGUCAAAGCCCAGGCCUCAGAGAAAGUGAAAAACCAGGUGCAGAAAGUCAAAGACAAGGCCCAGACGAUAGUGGACUCAAUUGCUCAGGACAAGGCCGUGGCGGAGGAGAAGCUGGAAUUAGCGAGGCCUGCCCUGGAGGAAGCAGAGGCUGCCCUUAACACCAUUAAGCCGGCGGAUAUCGCCACUGUCAGGAAGCUGGGCAAACCCCCACAUCUCAUCAUGAGGAUCAUGGACUGUGUCCUCAUUCUGUUCCAGAGGAAACUCGAUUCAGUUACCCCAGACCCGGAAAAAGUGUCCGUGAAACCAUCUUGGGGAGAGUCGCUCAAGAUGAUGGCUGGGGGUGGCCUGCUCCAGUCUCUUGUCUCCUUCCCUAAGGACACGAUUAAUGAGGAGAUGGUGGAGCUGCUAGAGCCGUACAUAGAGAUGGAGGAUUAUAACCUGGACACAGCCAAGAAGGUCUGUGGUAAUGUGGCUGGCCUCUGCUCCUGGACUAAGGCAAUGGCUGCCUUCUUCAGCAUUAACAAGGAGGUCCUUCCCCUCAAGGCUAACUUAGCUGUGCAGCAGGCUAGGCUGGAAGUUGCUAAUGGUGACUUGAGUAAAGCCCAGGCUCAGCUGGAUGAAAAGGAGGCGGAGUUAGCUGUUGUCAGGGCAAUGUAUGAUGAGGCAAUGAGAGAGAAACAGACUUUGUUGGACGAUGCAGAAACAUGUCGACGCAAGAUGAAUGCUGCUUCGGCCUUGAUCAACGGCCUGGGGGGUGAGAGAGAGAGAUGGACAGAGCAGAGUAAAGAGUUUAAAGAACAGAUCGGCAGGCUCGUGGGUGAUGUGGUAAUGUGUACAGCUUUCCUCUCCUACUCUGGACCCUUUAACCAAGAUUUCCGAGGCCUGCUACUUAAAAAUUGGAUCAAAGAGCUCAAGAGCAGAAAGAUUCCUUACACAGGCAAUCUGAAUGUCACAGAGAUGUUGGCACAUCCCACAACGGUUGCUGAGUGGAACCUCCAGGGCCUGCCCAAUGAUGAGCUGUCCACACAAAAUGGCAUCAUUGUCACAAAGGCCUCCCGCUACCCUCUCCUGGUAGAUCCCCAGGGGCAAGGUAAAAACUGGAUAAAAAACAGGGAGGCUCACAGUGAGUUGCAGGUAACAGCACUGAACCACAAAUACUUCCGCCAACACUUGGAGGACUCCAUGUCUUUAGGGCGUCCUCUCCUGCUAGAGGACAUUGGAGAAGAGCUUGACCCUGCCCUUGACAAUGUCCUUGAGAAAAACUUCAUCAAGGUCGGCUCCACCCUGAAGGUGAAGGUCGGUGACAAGGAAUGUGACAUCAUGAAAGGCUUCACGUUGUACCUGACAACCAAGUUGCCCAACCCCUCGUACACGCCGGAGAUUUCCGCCCGCACAUCGAUCAUUGACUUCACUGUGACCAUGAAGGGACUGGAGGACCAGUUACUGGGCAGAGUCAUCCUCACUGAGAAAGCUGAGCUGGAAAAUGAGCGAGUGAAGCUGAUGGAAGGUGUGACAUCCAACAGGAAGAAGAUGAAGGAGCUGGAAGACAAUCUCCUAUUCAGACUCACAAGUACAAAGGGCUCCCUUGUGGACGAUGAGGACUUGAUCAAUGUGCUGAACGUGACAAAGUCGACAGCACAGGAUGUCAGUCAAAAAUUACAGAUUGCCGCUGAGACGGAGAUUAAGAUAACCAACGCUCGUGAGGAGUUCCGCCCAGUAGCGACGCGAGGGAGCAUCUUGUACUUCCUGAUCACGGAGAUGAGUCUGGUGAAUGUGAUGUACCAGACCUCACUCAGGCAGUUCCUUACUCUGUUUGAUCUCUCCAUGGCCAGGUCUCAGAAGUCUCCUAUCACUCAGAAGCGUAUACAGAACAUCAUAGAGUACAUGACCUUUGAGGUGUAUAAGUACGCAGCCAGAGGUCUCUAUGAGGAAGACAAGAUGACCUUCACCUUACUGCUGGCCUUGAAGAUUGACCUCCAGGCAGGCAAACUCAAGAGGGAAGAGUUCAUGACCUUCAUUAAAGGUGGAGCUUCUCUAGAUCUAAAUGUGGUUCAGCCCAAACCCCACAGGUGGAUUGUGGACUUGACUUGGCUCAACCUGGUAGAACUCAGCAAUCUUCACCAGUUCUCUGGCAUUCUUGAACAGGUAACGAGGAACGAGAAACAGUGGCGUCAGUGGUUUGACAAGGAGGCUCCAGAGGAUGAGGUCAUCCCUGAUGGUUACAAUAACUCUCUGGAUGUGUUCCGUCGGCUGUUACUGGUGCGAUGCUGGUGCCCUGACCGCACCCUUCCCAUGGCCAAGAAAUACAUCGGGGAUACCUUGGGGGACAAGUAUGCAGAGGGCGUCAUCCUGGACCUGGAGAGGAUGUGGGAGGAGAGCGAUAACCGUAACCCCAUGAUCUGCCUGCUCUCUAUGGGUGCCGAUCCCACCCCUAACAUAGAGGGACUUGCCAAGAAACACAAGCUGGAGAUGCGGAACAUCUCCAUGGGUCAAGGACAGGAGGUGCACGCCCGUCGUCUCCUCAGUCAGGGCACACAGAACGGAGGCUGGCUUCUCCUACAGAACUGUCAUCUCAGUUUGGACUUUGUGGAUGAAGUCAUGGACUACAUCAUAGAGACGGACGUGAUCCACGAUGAGUUCAGGCUCUGGGUCACAACAGAAGUCCACCCCAAAUUCCCCAUCAGCUUCCUACAGAUGUGCAUCAAGUUCACCAAUGAGCCUCCUCAGGGUAUAAAGGCUGGUCUGAAGAGAACAUACGCCGCCAUGACACAGGACUUCCUGGACGUGUCCAACAUGCCUCAGUGGAAGCCGCUGCUGUUUGCAGUGUCAUUCCUCCACACUACAGUACAGGAAAGGAGGAAGUUCGGGCCCCUUGGCUGGAACAUCCCGUAUGAGUUUAACGCCUCGGAUUUCAACGCCAGUGUACAGUUCAUGCAGAACCAUCUGGAUGAUAUGGAUAUCAAGAAGGGUGUAAACUGGACAUGUGUGCGUUACAUGUUGGGUGAGAUCCAAUAUGGUGGUCGAGUCACUGAUGACUUUGACAAGCGUCUGCUCAACACCUUCUGUCGGGUGUGGUUUGGGGAACAGUUGUUCACCUCAAACUUCAACUUCUAUAAAGGUUACAUCAUCCCUAGGUGUACCAAACUGAAUGAGUACAUGGAGUAUAUCAAUGACCUUCCAUCCGCUGACACACCAGAAGCUUUCGGGCUUCAUCCUAAUGCAGAUAUCACCUAUCAGUCCCAGACAGCCAAGAAGAUUCUGACCACUAUUCUGGAGAUCCAGCCCAAGGACAGCAGUGGAGGGACCGGGGAGACCAGAGAGGCCAUGGUUUACAGGCUGAGUGAGGACAUGCUGGGCAAGCUACCCAGCGAUUACAUCCCCUUUGAGGUGAAGAACCGGCUACAAAAAAUGGGAGCGCUUCAGCCGAUGAACAUCUUCCUUAGACAGGAAAUUGACCGCAUGCAGCGUGUCAUCACCACCGUCAGAAACACGCUCAACGACCUCAAAUUGGCCAUCGACGGAACGAUCAUCAUGAGCGAGAAUCUGAGGGACGCUUUAGACUCCAUGUAUGAUGCUCGCAUCCCUAAGGCUUGGCAGAAGAUUUCAUGGGAUUCGAGCACUCUGGGUUUCUGGUUCACUGAGAUGAUAGAGAGGAACACGCAGUUCUACAACUGGUGCUUUGAGGGCAGACCUAACACUUUCUGGAUGACUGGAUUCUUCAACGCCCAGGGAUUCCUGACUGCCAUGAAACAGGAGGUGACGAGAGCGCACAAAGGCUGGGCCUUGGACAUGGUUGUUCUGCAUAACGAAGUGACCCGCCAUGUCAAGGAUGAGAUCAUACAGCCCCCUAAUGAGGGCGUGUACGUGUAUGGCUUGUAUAUAGAGGGCGCUGGCUGGGACAGGCGUGGCUGUAAGCUCAUCGAACCCAAGCCCAAGAUCCUGUUUGAGCCACUACCCAUCAUUCACAUCUACGCCAUUAACAACACCAGUGGUCCUGACCCCAAGAUGUACGUGUGUCCCAUCUACAAGAAGCCGCGUAGGACCGAUCUGACUUACAUCGCCUCUGUUGUCAUGAAAACCAAUCAAAAUCCAGAUCACUGGGUGCUGAGGGGUGUGGCCCUUCUCUGUGAUAUCAAAUAAAUGGAACUGUGACCAUACCUGAAUUAGUAUUAAACUCUGUUUGUUGUCUGGAGUAGGGUCUUGCACAAUCUUUGGUUUGUUACAAACACAUCAGUUAUGCACUGAUUAGAACUUAAUUAUCUUGACCCGCAGGUGUCACAGUAACAUCACCUAUGAUUUUGACAACCAAAGUGUAAAAGUAACAUUUAUCUGGCUCAUUACAAUUUCGUAAUCCAAUAAAAAUUUGCUUCAAAAUAUCAUGAAACUACUAAAUAAUGCAAGUUACAGCUAUCUCUUAAUCUAUAACUUCUCUUUAAGUGGUGAUACUGUACCAUAAUUCGUUAAAUCAUGUGUAGUUAUAUACAGGUCAACGAAAUUUAGAGUUGGUUAAGUACAGAUAUAUCACUUCAUGUGUAGCAUGUCUGUAUAUGUGGACUAUAAACCUACUUUUACACGUCUGAUGAAAAGACAAGACAGUUAUAUGUUAACUUACCGUAUAUCCACUAGUCAAGUAAUUGUUUGACAUUAUUACACAUUACAGUUGUUUUUCUAUGAAAUGUUUCUCGUUAGCAUACAUAAACAUAUGAAUAAGUCACAUCCUUUUUCUAUGCAUUUUCGUCUGUAUAGAUACUAUAGCAUGUGAUAUGACAUGGUAUGUUUACCUAGAAUGUGAUACAAAUGUUUUUUAUGAAUAUAUUGAAAGAAGUUUGUCAGUAUUUUGUACAGAAGACGUUGAAGGGUCACAGAAUAUUUAAGGUGUAGUGCUAUACAAAGUGUAAGUGAAAUUCCUCCGUCCAGUUUAAUUUUGAAAUGAACUUCUGUGUAUAGCCUCUGACUUAUAUAACCAGUUCAACAAGAAAAUAUUCCACUCCCAUUUUUGUUGAAUUUGGUAUUACAUAUGUUUACAUGCCUUAAUAUCUGUUUACUAUCUUUCAUACUUUGCAGCAGUACAUACAUUGAGCUGUCCUGUCUUAUGUCUACCUUUUAUUUUAUCUGUAGAUUUUCUUUUUACUGGUUCAUUCCAAUUACAGUAUUGCCUCUCAGUAUAUAAAUCCAAAAAAAAUUACAUUGUAUUUUUAAGAUUGUCUUAUAAACUUUUAUCUUAUGUAGAAAAUAAAAGUCUAU